AUGACGAUUUCGAUAUGGACUUGGCAUAUGGUCUCCCUCGCCUGGAAACAUGGAUCAAAGAGCUUCGUGAGAGGGUCAGUUCUGGUGUCUUAAAAUCCGAUCGACAUAACUUGGACAAGAAGGACUUUUACUCGAUGGAAAUGGACGAUAUUGAUCGUUAUCUCGAUGCAAGCGAGGCUAUCCUCUUGAAAGAUCGUGAUCUGACAUUCGGUGGACCUUUCCCUAUUCCCACGUCCCACCCGGCACCGCCCAAGAUCCCUCCUCCCAAUUCCUGGGCUGCGUUCCACGCUUCAUUCCUUCGUCCCCAGUCCACUAAUCUCCUCAACAUGCCCACAGAUGAGGUGCUUCCUUCGCCAGGAGAAUUCUACACUUCCUUCAUUGCCUCCGACGUAGGUGGAGUACUUCCGAACGAUUUACAGGUCCUUAUGGACUCCGCCAGUGAAGUGAUUCAUGUCGAUCCCCGGGAGAUGAACAAGACUUUGGAAAUUUUGGAAACUCGCUUGAGGAGUAUUCUAUCCAACGGAUGGCGAAGCCGAAGCCGAAGUCGCAGUGAUCGCGGACGACCGCGAUCUACCCACCUGUCAUAGAUCCAAUCGUCAGACGUUUCGUUCUCAAGCAAAUAUGGGGGAUACGGUAUUGUCUGCCAACAAACUUUCCCAUUCAGAUCACCGCCACGCCGGCGAGUGACGACGAUACGAUGGAUUUUUCCAGACGCUAUGUUUCUCCGACAUCCUUUAUAUAAAACCACAACAAGAUGAUCGACACACAUGAACGAUUGAGCGACGCCGUCCGUUUCCCUACAUGCCCACACGUCACCCGGGUCCUUGGUCAAAACCCGGGAGUGUAUACGAUGCAAGGCACCAACACCUAUCUUCUUCAGCCUCCAUCCAACCCUCUGGCCCCUUUGAUUCUCAUCGACACGUCGUCGCCUCACACCGCACAACAAUACGUCGAUUGCAUUCUCACUCAUCUCUUCCACCUCGGUCUUCAGUCUGGGGUUCGUGAAGUCUUCUAUAAUGGACCUCAUGCGAACGCUGUCCUCAAAUACACUGACAAAGAAAAACAUGAUGCGGUCAAGCUUCAGCAGUAUCAAGAACAUAUUGAAGAUCCUCGUAAAAAUGAUCUCAUGCUUGUCGAGUAUGGACCCGGUUCCGGUUGGGUACCAAAUUCUACUCAAGAUCGUCGUCUUCCUCAUGUGGAACAUAUCAUUCUCACCCAUCGACACUUGGACCAUGUGGGAGCUCUACCCUUGUUGCUCAAGACGCUCAAAGAACGUGGAUGUCCUCCACCUAAAUUGUGGAAAUUCCCAAGCCCCGAUGAAGCGCAGCUUGCGUUGGACCCGAAAGGUCGUUUGACCACAGAUGCGACUCUCUGGGAGAAUCUUGUACCGGGUACAUACACUGGAUUCUCGCCUUUCCAACCGUUUCACCCUAUCAUGCCGGGUUUGAUGAUCAGUAUCAUUGAUCCGAAGUAUAGGCAUUUGUUGAAAUACGAUCAGGAAGGUCAGCCGAAAUGGAAUGAAGUGCCGGAGAUGGUGAGGGUUUCCGUCAAAUGUAUGAGGACUCCGGGUGUUACAGCGGACAGUGUUUCGUUGAUCCUCCAGGAAGGUGAGUC